CCCAAGAUGGCCGCGCCCAUGUGCCGCUGAGGACCGCAGCAGGCGCCACUACCGUUUCUUAUUCUGAGAGCCCAAGGAAGCGGACAGCGCGGCUUUGGGAGACGGAGGUUGCGCAGCAGAGCGGCGCGACAGAGGGCGCUUCGGCCUCGAAGGCGGAUCAGGUUGCAGCGCUGAGACCACUGCUCACCAACUGCAGAUUCCAGCUCACCUGCACCUGAGCUUCCUGGUCUACAGAAGAGCCAGUCUGAGGCCUCGGAAGUCUGGAGGUACGCCGUCUUCUGGUUCUGCUACCUCGUUAUGGUGCUGCUGUCAUUGGACCUGAGGGCAAGCUCCUUGCGGAGACUCCUUUUGAAACUGCAGAGCAGGGAAGAACAGGCCGUUGAAUGGACCUCCUGGGAAAGGAGGAAGUCAGGAGCCAGGAAUGCGGUGGAGGCGGGCCAGCGAAGGGCAGCGUGUGCAGUGCAGGGUGCCAAGAUCUCCGCCCUUUGUCCAGGGCAGACCGAGAUGGCCACGGCCCAGGAAUUGUUGACCUUCAGGGAUGUGUGUGUGGACUUCACCCUGGAGGAGUGGCAGCAACUGGACUCGGCUCAGAAGAACCUCUACAGGGAUGUCAUGCUGGAGAACUACAGCCACCUGGUGUCCGUGGGAUACCUAGGUGCCAAACCAGAUGUGGUCCUCAGAUUGGGACGAGGAGAGGAGGCCGGCAUGACAGAGGGAGAGACGCCAACGUGGAAGUAUCCAGUCCAGGUACAAGGUGACACCAGGAGAAACAACAACAGUGGCGGCAGCCAGCUCUCCAGCCCGGGAGUCAGCUCCCACACCAGAUGUGGCCCCUCUGGAUGUGAACAGGACUGGGCUACUUUGGAAAGAAGGCUUCCUGCCAGCAUCCAGAUGCCUAUGAUGAGAAAACUGCGAUCACGGCCCUAGCCAAGCAUCUCCAGGGAAACCAUCAAAGUGCCAAGGAUAGGAAGAAGCAUCAGUCUUCAGAAUCUGCCAUGUGCCAAGGGUACCAGCAUCAGAUUACAUCUUGAUCAGUUCGGACAAAGUAUUUUUAUCCUUCGUAUUUUUUUCCUUCCUCACUUGCUUCAGCCAGGGAGCGAGAGAUGGCCUAGUUGUCGAGUAGGGGAUAAGAGGAAGAAGGAAGCGCUGAUGAGGAGAGUAAAGAAAGAAAAAGUGGAACAUGCUUCUUUUGCUACUAAAAAUGCCCAGCCCGAAGCAGUGAAGCAGGCAUUCAUUGGAGGAGAGAUUUCCCUUUCAGUGAAGUUCAUAGUUUUCACCACUACACGUGACUGAACUUUUAAAACUAAAGAGAGGUGGGAUGCCUGGGUGGCUCAGUGGUUGAGCAUCUGCCUUCAGCUCAGGGCGUGAUCCUGGGGUCCUGGGAUUGACUUCCGCAUCAGGUUCCCUGCAGGGAGCCUGCUUCUCCCUCAUCUGUCGCUGCCUCUCUCUAUGUGUCUCUCAUGAAUAAAUAAAUAAAUAAAAUCUUAAAAAAAUACAAUUAGAGUGAGGCUACCCAAUGACCCUCAGAAAUUAAAAAUAUAAUGAAAGAAUAUUAAGAACACCUUUAUGCCAGUAAGUUUGACAACCUAGGUAAAACAGAUGAACUCCUUGAAAGACACAAAUGACCAAAGCUCAUUCAAGAAUAAAUAAUAUGGGGAAUCCUGGGUGGCUCAGCGGUUUGGCGCCUGCCUUUGGCCCAGGGUGCGAUCCUGGAGUCCCAGGAUUG